UCUCUUUCUUCAAUCUCAAAACGUGUCUUUAACAAUCAAACAUGACAACAUUUUAGUACAAACAAAACAAACACUUGUCUUCUCAUAGAAUCCAUAGCCGUAAAAAAAACUCAUUCAAAAUUCCAUUCAUAACUAACUCCUCUUCCGUUAUCACUGAUGAUGAACGCACGCAUAGUUUUUUCAUUUUUAUUCUCUUUCCUCUGUUUCUACACACGUGCGUCAUCAAGUUCCAGAACAAUUGUCAAACAUGGAGAAUUCAUCAGAGACAAAGAAGGUGAAGUUUUAGUCUCCGAAAACUUCAACUUCGUAAUGGGUUUCUUCGGUUUCGAAAACACUUCUUCACGUUACGUAGGAAUUUGGUACUACAACAUUCCUGGUCCUAAACUUAUAUGGGUUGCAAACAGAGACAAACCCAUCAAUAACAACGAUGGUUCCUUCACUAUAUCAACAAAUGGUAAUUUAGUUAUCCUCGAUCAAAACAAAAAACAAAUCUUUUCUACCAAUGUUCACAACAAAAACAUGAAUAACUCCAAAGCUGUUCUUAGAGAUGAUGGUAACCUUGUUCUUUAUAAUGGGAAAAUGGUGAUUUGGGAAAGUUUUGAGAAUCCAAGUGAUACUUUUGUACCUGGUAUGAAAGUUCCUGUGAAAAAGAAAAGCUUUUUCCUUACUUCAUGGAAAUCUAGUACAGAUCCUUCAUUAGGGAAUUAUAGUAUGGGAGUUGAUCCUGAAGGGUUGCCACCACAGAUAGUAGUUUGGGAGGGAGAGAGAAGAAAGUGGAGAAGUGGUUAUUGGGAUGGUAGAAUGUUUACUGGUGUUGAUUUAUUAGGUAAUCUUCUUCAUGGUUUUACACUUAAUUGGGAUAAUGGAGAUAGAUAUUUUGUUUAUAAUAAUCAGAUGAAUAAUAGUAAAGUGAGGUUUCAGAUUGGUUGGGAUGGUUAUGAAAGAGAGUUUAAUUGGAACGAAAGUGAAAAAGUUUGGAGUGAGACACAAAAAGGGCCUCAAAAUGAGUGUGAGUUUUAUAACAAUUGUGGUGGUUUUGCAGCUUGUGAUUUGUCGGUUUCGGGUUCGGCAAUUUGUAGUUGUAUAAAAGGGUUUGAACCAAAGGAUAGAGAUGAGUGGAAUAAUGGGAAUAGGUCAGGUGGGUGUAAAAGGAUGACGGCAUUGAAGGUUGAUCAGAAGAAUGGUAAUGGUAGUUUUGGUGAAGAUGGUUUUUGGGAGCUUAAGUGUAUGAAGUUGCCUGAUUUUGCAAGUGUUGUUGAUGCUAAGAAUUGUAAAAGUUAUUGUUUGGGGAAUGCUUCUUGUAUUGCUUAUGCAGAAGUAAUUGGAAUUGGUUGUAUGGUUUGGUUUGGAGAGUUGGUUGAUGUUCAACACUUUGGACAUGGAGGGAAUACACUUCACAUCCGUCUUGCUCAUUCUGAUUUAAGUAAUGGAGGGAAAAGUAACAAGAUUGUUGUGAUAAUAUCAACUGUUCUAGCAGGAUUAAUCUGCCUAGGAAUUAUUGUAUGGGGGAUAUGGAGGUACAGGAGAAAACUCAAAGUUUCUUCAGCUCCACGGUGCAAAAAAAGUGAUGCACUACCAGUCUUUGAUGCAACCAAGAGCAGAGAGAUGUCAACAGAAUUUUCAGGAUCAAUUGAAGUUAGUUUGGAAAGGAAUCAACUAACCGGACCAGAACUUCCAUUUUUCAAUUUUAGUUGCAUUUCAUUAGCCACCAACAAUUUUUCAGAAGAAAAUAAGCUUGGGCAAGGGGGUUUCGGUCCUGUGUACAAGGGAAAGUUUCCAUCCGGAGAAGAAAUAGCUGUUAAGAGGCUUUCGAAACUGUCUGGCCAAGGUUCAGAGGAGUUCAAGAAUGAAAUGAUGCUGAUAGCAAAACUGCAACAUAGAAAUCUGGUUAGACUAUUAGGUUGUUCUAUUCAAGGGGAGGAAAAGUUGCUAGUUUAUGAAUUCAUGCCGAACAAAAGCUUGGAUUGCUUUUUAUUUGAUUCUAUCAAACAAACACAGCUAGCCUGGACAAGACGCUAUGAAAUCAUCGAAGGCAUCGCAAGAGGACUACUUUAUCUGCACCGUGAUUCAAGACUCCGAAUAAUUCAUCGAGAUCUAAAGGCAAGCAACAUUUUGUUAGAUGAAAACAUGAACCCAAAAAUAUCAGAUUUUGGCUUGGCUCGAAUAUUUGGUGGAAACCAGAAGGAAGGCAAUACAACCAGAGUGGUUGGUACAUAUGGUUAUAUGUCCCCUGAAUAUGCCAUGGAAGGCCUAUUUUCUGUCAAAUCAGAUGUGUAUAGUUUCGGUGUAUUGUUACUAGAGAUUGUGAGUGGUCGCAGGAACACUAGCUUUCGUCACUCGGAUGACUCAAGUCUUAUAGGAUAUGCGUGGCAUCUUUGGAACAAACGCAGAGCAAUUGAACUGGUUGAUCCUUGCAUUCGAGAUUGUAGUCCUAAAAACAAAGUUUUGAGAUGCAUACACAUAGGAAUGUUAUGUGUGCAAGAUUCAGCAGCUCAUAGACCAAACAUGUCGGCUGUUGUGCUGAUGCUUGAAAGCGAAGCAACAACUCUUCCAUCGCCGUCACAGCCUUUAAUUACCUCCAUGAGAACAUCUCAGGACAGAGAGUUUUACAUAGAUUGUCUUGAUGUUUCAAAUGAUCUCACUGUCACAAUGGUAGUUGGGAGAUAGAUACUAUUAAUGCUCUUUCUAUCUCAUUUUUCUUUUUCACUCCUCAUACACACACAAGACUCAUACUUUUGUCUCUAGAAUUGAAACUAUGACCAAGAAAUUGAAUACAUUGUAUAUAUAUAUAUUGAUUUGUAAUAUAUUUCUUUUGACAGAACAUCAAUUUGUAACUUGAGACCAUAGAAAAGUGCUUUAUUCUCUAGUCAAUGAUAAAAACUAGCUUCACUUUAUAAGAAA